CCUAAAAAUGGCGUCUGGAGCAAAGCGGGAAGGCGAUCCGCUCACUGGCAGCGCAUCCGACGCAUCUACCAAGCGAAUCCGCAUGCAAGGCGACGACAGCAGCAACAACGAACCGACAAACGGCAGCAGCAGCAGCAGCAGUAGCAGCAGCAUCAUCAGUAGCUUGGGUCGGGCGGAGGCGACACCAUCCGUGUACGAACUCGCGGGUCAUCGCGCGCUGCAACCCAACCGUCACUCGCAUCGGCAGCACCAGCAGCAGCAACAAGCAGAUCAGCAGCAACAGCAGCAGCGUGUUCCGGAUGGCUGGACGCCCGCGUCGUGGAAGAGCAUGCCCGUCAAGCAGCAGCCGACUUACUCCGAUCCCAGCCAGGUGGACACGGCGCUCGGUCGCCUGCGCUCGCUGCCCCCGCUGGUCCACUGGGGCGAGAUUGACCGACUUCGCAAGUCACUCGCUGAUGCAGCGGAAGGAAACUGCUUUGUCAUGCAGGGCGGAGAUUGUGCAGAGCUCUUCCAGUACUGCAACCAAACGCAGAUCGAAAACAAGCUCAAGAUUCUGCUGCAAAUGUCGCUCGUCCUGACGUGGGGUGCCAGAACGCCGAUCGUGCGCAUUGCUCGUAUCGCUGGCCAGUACGGCAAGCCUCGAUCGAGUCCGACGGAAGUGGUGGAUGGCAAAACAGUCCCUUCGUUCCGAGGCGACAAUGUGAAUGGCUUCGAGUUGAGCGAGCGUGAGGCAAACCCGGAUCGACUUGUGCAGGCGUACUUCCACAGUGCCGCCACUCUGAACUAUGUUCGCGCCCUCGUCAGCGGUGGCUUUGCUGAUUUGCGUCACCCCGACAACUGGACUCUGGAGCAUGUUCGACUCGAAUCGACGCGUCGCAUGUACGAGGACAUGGUCGGCCGCAUGCUUGAUGCGCUGCACUUUACCAAGACCAUCGGCGCUGCAGAAUCGCACGGGCUCGAAACCGUUGAUCUGUUCGUGUCGCACGAGGGUCUGCUGCUCGACUACGAGUCCGCCCUGACCAUUCCUGUCAACAACCAGUUUUACAAUGUGGGCACGCAUUUCCUGUGGAUUGGUGACCGCACGCGCCAACUCGACCACGGCCAUGUCGAGUACUUCCGAGGCAUCUCCAACCCGAUUGGUGUCAAAGUCGGCCCGUCGACCCAACCCAACGAGCUUGUUGAGCUGAUCCGCACCCUCAACCCAUGCGAGAUUCCCGGCAAGGUGUCCUUGAUUACCCGCUAUGGCUGCGACAAGAUCCAAUCGUCGCUACCAGCUCACAUUGCAGCCGUGCAAGCCGCUGGCAUCAAAGUUGCCUGGAUUUGCGACCCGAUGCACGGCAAUACCGAGUCCACUGCUUCUGGCCUGAAAACGCGCAAUUUCGACAAGAUUCUGAAGGAACUCAGCUUGGCGUUCGAAAUUCACCAGCAACACGGACGCCAACUCAACGGCGUGCAUUUCGAGCUCACUGGAGACACAGUCACCGAAUGCACUGGCGGUUCCGUGAAUCUGGUCGAAGAGGACUUGUCGCGCAAUUAUCAGAGCUUCUGUGAUCCGCGUCUCAACUAUGAGCAGAGCCUAGAUAUGGCAUUCUUGAUUGCCGACUUUUUCCAGCGUCGCCGCGGACCGAUCAGUCGAGUCAGCAGCAGCAACGAUCUGGCUGCCCUUGCCCGAGAGGCGAGCUAAGUCGCGGGCCAGUCGGUCGUCUCUUGUUGGAAUUUUUGGUAUUCUUUUGGUGUGCUGAUGAUGAAUGUAUGCACUUUUGUUGGUAAAAAUACAGCCAUAUACUUUGAGUA